AAUCACAGUAGAGACCGAAGGACAUGUGACAUUCGAAACGUCGCUCAUAUACAGUCAUUGGCCGUGUUCGAGAGCAUCAAAUUCGUGAUGUAUCAUGGGUAAAUAGUGACUGACUGACGGAUCUACAAAUAAUAAUGAGUGGUUAUUUAUGAUGCACGGUGAUUUGUAGAUCAAUCAGUCGGCAGAUUCCUCCGCUGUCGGCUGCAUUUUCGAACAAGACCAUUGAUGUCAACAAACCCCAUGUGAUCGUGCGACGCGAGCAAGCUUCCUCCGACGCAGCGUAAAAUAUAUCGAGAUGAAGGUAUGAAGUGCAAUCUGUAGCAGUAGCAGUAACAGAGGAGCCCAAGGGGCUGCUACCAGCACAGGUACACCCAGUGAGAAGAGGCAGAGACCAUGGACCUGAGUGAGAGGAGGCCCAACAAGUGGUGGACAGAGUCGGACACCUUCGCCAUGCUGGCCCUCAUCGAGCAGCUGGACCUGGUGCAUGAGCUGGAUAAGAAGCGUCAGCGCAAUGACUCACACUUCCGCCACCUGCGCUACAGCCUGGCCAAGCGGGACAUCCACUUCACUGUCAACCAGAUCCGCAACCGCUGGAAGAGCCUCAAGCACAAGUACCGCAAGAUCAAGACGGCAGGAUACCGUAGCCCCGCUGCACGCCUGUCCGCCAUCGAGUCAUUCCGUUACUUCCGUAUGCUGGACCGCAUGCUGGCCAGGAGGGCUCGGGUGGGGGCCCCAGAGCAAGGCACUGCAGAUGGACACAAUAUGGGGGUGUUAACCCACUCGAACCUGGAGGAUCAUACUGAUGGUGAUGUUGCUCAGCCUGACUCUGUGGCCCCUUGGCAGGAGAGUCUGGCUCCAGCUCUAGAGGGGGAAGGAGACGAGACUAACGCCAUUCCAGAAGAGGCCAACAUCAGCACUUCGGGCUGGGCCCUGAAGUCAGAAGAGAUUAUGACUUUGGGUCUAUCUGGAGAGUAUCUUUACCCAGUGAAAAGUGAGCCACAUUCAGUGCCCUCUUUGCAUGAUGGGGAGGGAGCUAGUGAUCCCACUAGCUGCAGUCCAGAAGAACAAACUGGCACUUGUGAGGACACCAGCACCCUGAUCCUCCAGCAGCUCACCAUCCUGAACCAUCAGCUAGGGGAACAGCUCGCUGAGCAAAGGGCCUUCCACUGCAGCAUGCUGGGUAUGAUGGACCGACAGAUAGAGGUCCUGGAGCAGCUCUCUAACUUCUCCACAGACCGCCAGGUCAAGACCGAACCCGACGACAGUGAUACUCCUAUCAGCCAGCAGGUCCACAACUCCCUGGUGCGCAUCCUUAGAGGAGUGGAACAGGUCCAAACCCAGGGACACCAGCCGUGCUCAUGUAAGGCCUCCCCCUCACAGCCUACAUCUCCCUCCUGGACGGUCUCUCUGUUGGAGGUCCACAAAGGAUCACCCUCCAGGGAUGGGAACUCAACUAGUGACACAUCCAACCCUCAGCCCUCAGACCAUGGGCGGCCUGAUCCUCAAGGACCAUCCCCCUCAGAGCAGCUUUCCCCUUCCCAACAGAAGGGUGAUCUGCUUAAUGGACUCUCAAACAAGUGCCAGCACAAGUGAGUGCUCUUGAAGCUUCAUAGUGGAAUGUACAGUAGUGGAACAUACAGUGCUCUGACAGAGGAGAGCACUCUUAGAAAAAAAGGGUUCCAAAAGAGUUCUUCAGCUGUCCCCAUAGGAGAACCCUUUUAGGUUCCAGGUAGAACCCUUUUAGGUUCCAGGUAGAACCCUUUUAGGUUCCAGGUAGAACCCUUUUAGGUUCUAGGUAGAACCAUUUUAGAUUCCAGGUAGAACCCUUUUAGGUUCCAGGUAGAACCAUGUUAGGUAGAACCCUUUUAGGUUCCAGGUAGAACCCUUUUAGGUUCCAGGUAGAACCCUUUUAGGUUCCAGGUAGAACUCUGUGAAAAGGGUUCUACCUGGAAUCAAAAAGGGUUCUUCAAAGGGUUAUCCAAUGGGGACAGCCAAAGAACCCUUUUAGGUUGUAGAUAUAACCUUUUUUAGAAGAAGAAAAAUAUAUGGGUGCUUACAUUUAUGAGGGACUUGUCCUUUUGAGAAUGUCUUCGAAUAAAAAAAACAUUUUUAUUUUUUUACAACUUCCCUCUUUCGUUUAGUUUUGUCAUGUCCAAAUGUUUUAAUGUGCAGAAGUAAAUCAUGUUUUAAUCAAGAGAAUUUUGACAAACCAUUGCGCAGAGGUUUAUUUAAUCUAGUCAAGAAGAGAAAUUCCAACCUGCCAGUUUUCAUCCACUGAGACUUGCUAGAUUCCCCAAAUUAUGUUGAAAUGUAUGUUUCCUUACUAGGAAAAAGCACACUUUCAUGUAAUGGUGUUUGAUUAACUCAUGCAAAUUUAUGUGGAAGCUGGGCAAGCAAAGGCUUUAUCCAAAUGUAUCCUCUUCCCUAAAUGUUCCCUUUCCUAAGCAUAUAGGAUAUUUUGUGUAACUACAUUUCUACUAUGAAGACUUGUUUAGAAAAGGCCCUUUGUAGAACUCGAUUUGCACAGCCGUUUGCAUAGUCCUGGAUACACAUGGCUGCUUUAAUUUAGGCUAAUUAUUGUGUUUUACUUUGCUUUAGCUUUGCUGAAGAUGAGAGGUACUGUAGUGUGUAAGUGCAAUAUGGUAAUGAAGUCUACAUUUGCAAUCUCACAAGAGACUCAUUCAUCCAACAUCUUUAUUUUGAUUUUGAGAUCGCUUCGUUUGUGUCCUAGAAUUGGAUUACUACAUACUGGCAGUACUGCAAUUAGGCAUGUUUUGCUUGUAAUGUGUUACCUGGAUGCAAUUUAAGACGGCCCAUUUAUUCAAACUUUCAAUUUACUUAAAGAUAGGGUAUCAUCAAGAUACUGUAGACUCGCAUACGAAGAAUAUAUUUGUUAUUUUUUUCAACUAUUUACAAAACUGGAAAUGCUGUAUUAAUACUGUAUGCUUAUAAUUUAACUUAAAGGUCCAAUGCAGCUGUUUUUAUCUCAAUAUUAAAUCAUUUCUGGGUAACAA